AUGCACACGAUCACAUUCAGGCCGUUGCGGGCCCACGACUUGGCCUUGUGCUUGCUGCUGUUCGUGUCCAGUUCUUGGGCGUUUUACAUCCCAGGUUACUCGGUCACCAGGUACAACGACGACCAACCGAUCCCCUUGCUCGUAAACAAGAUCUUCUCCGACCACACCCAGCUUCAAUACGCCUAUUUCGACCUCCCAUUCGUCUGUCCCCCGAGCGGCCGAACCCAUGGCGGAUCCCCAUUCGGAUCUGGUCACAGCAUCUCGCUCAAUCUGGGCGAGGUUUUGCGGGGAGAUCGCAUCAUGACAUCGGACUUUGAGCUUAUCAUGGGUAAAGACGUGGAAUGUCAAUCGCUUUGUACUGCGCAAGUGAGCCGUUCAGAUGUCAAGUGGGCACGGCAAUUGAUCAAGGAAAACUAUGUGAUUGAGUGGAUCGCCGAUAACCUCCCCGGAGCUACGAGCUUUGUCACCGUCGACCGCAGCCGCAAAUACUAUGCAUCCGGAUUCAAGUUGGGCUACCGCGAUAUCUCUCCGGCCACCGGCCAGUCGCGCUACUUCAUCAACAACCAUUUCACCAUUGUUAUCCGCUGGCGGAGCGCGCCGGAGGGAGGCAAGGUUAUCGUCGGGUUCGAGGUCUAUCCCAAGAGUAUUAGUGCAGAGGACCGCAAGGAGGAUGGUUGCCCCAAGGUCGUGCACAAGGAUCAGGAAGGGCUUGGCUUGUAUAUCGCGCCUGACAUGUCGCGUCUGCGGGAGAAGUAUGGCGGGCUGUCCUAUAUUCCCGAGGACGACGACGAUGACGAUGGUGCCACGCUGGAUAUCCCCUACACAUACUCUGUUUAUUUCCGGGAAGAGAAGAAGGUCGAGUGGGCCAACCGCUGGGAUCUGUACUUCACCAACCAGGGAGAGGGCUCGAUGACCCAUUGGCUGGCGAUUAUCAACUCCCUGACCAUCUCCACAGUGUUAGGUGUGACUGUAUUUGUCAUCUGGAGUCGCACCGUCCAGGGCGAUAUCAAGGGCCGCGGCGACGGAGCCAUGGAGGACCGCAAGCUCAAGGUGCAGUCUCGACGCAAGCGCUCUGGCGAGAAGAAGGGCGAGGGUCUGUUGGACAACGCAGAUGUCGAGCAUGAUGCGGAUAUGUCAUCGGAUGAUGAGACUUUCGAAGACACUAGCGGUUGGAAGCUUCUCCACGGCGAUGUUUUCCGAGUUCCAGCCUACAGUGGCCUCCUGGCUCCACUGGUAGGAUCUGGUAUGCAACUGUUGUUUAUGGCCACUGGCCUGCUGGUGCUAUCUUGCCUCGGCGUCUUGAACCCUAGCUUCCGCGGUGGCUUCGUUAGCGUCGGAAUGGGCCUGUUUGUAUUUGCAGGUGUCUUUUCUGGUUACUUCUCCGGGCGUCUGUACAAGACCUUUGGUGGGUCUGGCUGGCGAAAGAACACUCUGAUUACGGCUCUUCUUUUCCCUGGGUUGACUUUCUUCCUUGUCUUGGUCCUAAAUUUGUUCGUUUGGGCUCAAGCAUCCAGCACGGCAAUCCCAUUCAGCACACUCAUUGGCCUGCUUGCACUUUGGCUACUUAUCCAGGUUCCCCUCGUGUACAUUGGUAGCUGGGUUGGCUAUGUGCGGGCGAAGCCUUGGGAGCACCCCUUGAAGACGAACGCCGUUCCUCGUCAGAUUCCACCCCAGCCUUGGUACCUGCGUAGUCCUGCAGGUCCCCUGCUGACUGGUCUGAUUCCUUUCGCGGUUCUCUUCAUUGAGCUACUCUUCGUGUUUAAGAACCUAUGGCAGGAUAAAAGUGGCUAUUACUAUGUGUUUGGCUUCCUCAGUGUCGUAUCUGUUGUGCUUCUUGUGACGGUCAUCGAAGUGACUGUCAUUGCCACCUACAGCCAGCUCUGCUCUGAGAACUAUCACUGGUGGUGGCAAAGCUUCCUGACUGGUGGAAGCAGUGCCUUCUGGAUCUUUGCCUACUGCAUCUGGUACUACAUGUUUAAGCUACACAUCACCGGCUUUGUAUCCACAUUAUUGUUCUUUAGCUACAGCUUCCUCGCCUGCGCUGUAUACGGUUUAUUAACUGGCACUGUCGGCUUCAUCGCUGCCUACACCUUUGUCCGACGUGUCUACAGUGCUAUUAAGGUGGACUAA